GGAAACGGAAGGGCGGUGGGACGGAGGAGCGGCCGCUCCGCCCAGACGCGGGGAUAUGGAGCGGGGCCGACGCGCUGACCGGCGGAGGGGUGGCCGGCGGGGCGGCCAUCGCGGCCUCCACACCUUCGCCGAGGAGGCGGAGGCCGCGCUGAGAGCUUGCCUGGAGGGCGACGGUGCGGCGGAGGCGGGCGAGCCGGAGGCGAGGAGGUUCCCCUGCCCCCUCGCCAUGUGGGAGCUCGGACACUGCGAUCCCAAGAAAUGCACCGGGAGGAAACUGGCCCGAAAAGGGCUGCUCCGGACGCUGCGGCUCCGCCAGCGGUUCCCCGGGCUCGUCCUCAGCCCGCUGGCCACCGAGUGCGUCUCCCCCGCAGACAGGCACGUCGUUGCCCAGAGUGGAAUCGCAGUCAUAGAUUGCUCGUGGGCCAAACUAGAAGAAACUCCUUUUCAGAAGAUGAGAGGAGGGCAUCCACGGCUGCUGCCCUACUUGGUGGCUGCCAAUCCCGUGAACUAUGGUCGCCCGUGCAAGCUGUCCUGCGUGGAAGCUUUUGCUGCAGCUUUUUGCAUUGUUGGGCUCCCAGACCUAGCCACCAUUCUUCUAAAGAAAUUUAAAUGGGGCAAGGCAUUUAUUGACUUGAACAAAAAUCUCUUGGAAAAAUACGCAGCCUGUCAUUGCCCAGAAGAAGUGCUGAGAGUUGAAAAGGAGUUUUUAGCCAGUGUCCAUGAAACGCAAGAUGAAGAAAUAGAUCCAUUUGAUGUUGACUCAGGAAAAGAAUUUUCUAAUCCCAACAGACCAAUCCAUUCUCCAGGACUAGCAGAAAGUGAUGAAGAAUCUGAGGACAGCGUGAGCGCUCCAGAUGAUGACACUGAAAGCAGCAAUGAGAGCAGUCCGGAAGAUGAUGGUACUGUAAAGUUGCCACAACAACAGCCAAUAAAUCAACUACUUGAAAAGUAAAACAAAAAAACCACCCAAAACCC